AUGGAUCUAGAACGUGGUAUUCUUCAAAACUCUGCUAAGAAAGAAUCAUGGAAAACGGUUCUGACACUGGCAUAUCAGAGUAUUGGAGUUGUGUACGGAGAGAUAAGCACUUCACCACUCUACGUGUAUAGGAACACAUUUGCUGAAGAUAUUGGUCACUCAGAGACCAAUGAAGAGAUUUAUGGUGUUUUGUCUUUGGUUUUCUGGACUCUUACAUUGGUGCCUUUGGUGAAGUAUGUGUUGAUAGUGCUGAAAGCUGAUGAUAAUGGUGAAGGUGGCACGUUUGCACUCUACUCUUUGCUGUGUCGCCAUGCCAAAGUUGGCUUAUUGCCCAAUUGCCAAGUGGCUGAUGAGGAGCUCAGAGAGUACAAGAAGCACAGCUAUGGUGUAGCACCAGAGAGAAGCUUUGCCUUUAGACUUAAGUCCAUGUUGGAGAAGCACAAGGUCUUGCAGAGGAUUUUGUUGGUUCUGGCUUUGAUCGGGACUUGCAUGGUGAUUGGUGUUGGAGUCCUUAAACCUGCUAUUUCUGUUUUCUCGGCUGUGUCUGGCUUUGAGCUUUCAAUGUCCAAGGAACAUCACAGAUAUGUAGAAGUUCCAGCUGCAUGCAUCAUAUUGAUAGGCUUGUUUGCCCUUCAACAUUAUGGCACACACAGGGUUGGAUUCUUGUUUGCUCCAAUAAUUUGUACAUGGCUCUUCAGUAUUAGUGCCAUUGGUAUAUAUAAUAUAUUUUACUGGAAUCCUCAUGUGUACCAAGCACUUUCUCCAUAUUAUGUUUUCCAAUUUUUAAGGAAGACUCAAAGAGGAGGUUGGAUGGCCCUUGGUGGAAUUUUGCUAUGCAUAACAGGAUCAGAAGCCAUGUUUGCUAGUCUUGGACACUUUUCACAGCUAUCAGUCAAGAUUGCUUUCACCUCUUUGGUUUAUCCAUCUUUAAUUCUUGCAUAUAUGGGGCAAGCUGCUUAUUUUUCUAGACAUCAUGAUGUUGAGCUGGAGUAUCACUUUGGUUUUUAUGCAUCCGUGCCAGAGAAGUUUAGAUGGCCUGUUCUGGUGAUAGCCAUAUUUGCUGCAGUCGUUGGAAGCCAAGCUAUCAUAACUGGAACAUUCUCAAUCAUCAAACAAUGCACUGCAUUAAGUUGCUUCCCGAGAGUUAAAGUGGUGCACACUUCAUCCAAAAUUCAUGGACAAGUGUAUCUCCCUGAGAUCAACUGGUUGUUGAUGCUCUUGUGUCUGGCUGUAACUGUUGGUUUCAGAGACACUAAGCUUAUGGGAAAUGCAUCAGGUUUGGCAGUUAUUUCAGUGAUGCUGGUCACCACGUGUUUGAUGUCACUGGUAAUUGUAAUCUGCUGGGACCAGAAUGUUUUCCUUGCAAUUGGGUUUAUUCUUUUAUUUGGCACCAUUGAGGCUCUCUUUUUCUCAGCUUCUGUAAUAAAGUUCUUUGAAGGAGCAUGGGUGCCAAUUGCUUUGGCAUCUAUGUUUCUAUCUGUCAUGUGUGUUUGGCACUAUGGCAUUCUCAAAAAGUAUGAAUUUGAUGUUCAAAACAAGGUUUCAAUCAACUGGUUACUAAGCCUUGGCCCAAGCUUAGGCUUUGCUAGAGUACGUGGGAUUGGCCUUGUACACACUGAACUAGUGUCUGGAAUUCCUGCUAUCUUCUCCCACUUUGUAACAAACCUACCAGCAUUCCAUCAAGUCCUUAUUUUCCUAUGCAUCAAGCAUGUGCCAGUUCCACAUGUUAGGCCUGAGGAACGGUUUCUAGUCAGUCGCGUAGGUCCAAGAGAUUUCAGAAUCUACAGGUGCAUAGUGAGAUAUGGAUACCAUGAUGUCCAUAAAUAUGAUGAUAAGUUUGAGAAAGAUCUUGUGUGCAGCAUAGCAAAGUUCAUACAAGCAGGAAGUGCUACUAAUAGGUGCAACUCUUCAAAUGUUGAGCUUGAAAAGGAUGGCAAAAUGGAAGUUGUUGGAACCUAUUCUAGCCAUCCCAUUUUGAUGAAUACGCAUGCUGCUGAGGAUGUUGUAGACUUAGCUGACACAUUAGAGCUAAGGGAGAUAAAGUCAACCAAGAUGAUCCAUCCAAAGAAAAAGGUUAGGUUUAUUGUGCCAGAGAGUCCAAAGAUUGACACUGAUGCAAUGGAGGAGUUGCAAGAGUUGAUGGAAGCCAGGGAAGUUGGUGUAGCUUACAUUAUAGGACAGUCCUACAUGAGAGCCAAAGCAGGGUCCAGCAUGCUGAAGAAGUUAGUUAUUAAUGUUGGGUAUGAAUUCUUAAGGAAGAAUAGUAGGGAGCCGUCCUAUGUACUUAGUGCUCCUCAUGCAUCAUCUUUGGAAGUUGGAAUGAUGUAUCUAGUUUAA